AUGCCCUUCAUAGUCAUCAACUCAUGGCUUCCCAUUGUUGAGCCCAGAAGCGGCAACUGCCAGGGUAACCUUCGUGUUCGUCUGGCCGUCGGCAACCAGGCCCAAUUCGACCAGUUGUCUCGAUGCGACGAUGUAAACUAUCUUGCCUUGGCAACUUCACAAACUAACCUUCUGACCCGAGAGGCACAGAAGAUUACGAAUAUUGGUGAAACUGAGAUUGACGCGUAUUUAGAGGCUCCUGUUGUGGAAGGCCAGAAUAAAAUGGAGCCAACAAUGGAUUGGCGGCCGCUGGAUCUGAUCGUCUGGUCGCCAAACAGAAAGGGCCGAGAGGCUCUCCAAAACCAAGGACUAUGGCAGGCAAAAAGUGAGCUCAACUGGUGA